GCUCACUAAUGGGAUUGCAGGCUGGUGCCUGGCUCCGCCGCUGCCGCCGCCGCCCGAGCCCCAGCCGCAGCCCCCGCCAGCCCGCGCCCGGAGCAGCCGCGCCCGCGGCCCCGCGCCCAGGCCAUGAUCCGAAUCUUCCCGGAUUUCAGCGUGCAGGUGACGGCCGCGGCGGCCGGCGGGGCAGCCGCCGGGGUACCGGCCGGAGCGGGCAUGGCGAGGGCCGGCGCCGCGGCCAACGGCGCCCCGCAGACCGUCCAGGGCAUCAGCUCCUACCAGCAGCGAAUAACUGCCCAGCAUCCUCUGCCCAACCAAUCAGAAUGUAGGAAAAUCUACCGAUAUGACGGAAUCUACUGUGAAUCUACCUACCAGAACUUACAGGCACUGAGAAAGGAGAAAUCCAGAGAUGCUGCUCGCUCCCGCCGGGGAAAAGAAAACUUUGAGUUCUAUGAAUUGGCCAAGUUGUUGCCUCUUCCUGCAGCCAUCACCAGCCAGCUGGACAAGGCAUCCAUCAUCCGACUGACAAUUAGCUAUCUCAAGAUGAGGGACUUUGCCAAUCAAGGAGACCCUCCAUGGAACUUGAGGAUGGAAGGCCCUCCACCAAACACCUCAGUAAAAGGGAUACAAAUGUGGAAAUCUGAACUCUGCAUGAGAAAGACACCAUGUGAAGGUGCACAACGAAGGCGGAGCCCCAGCGCACUGGCCAUUGAAGUAUUUGAAGCACAUUUGGGAAGCCACAUUCUGCAGUCCCUGGAUGGCUUCGUAUUUGCACUAAAUCAAGAAGGAAAAUUUUUGUACAUUUCUGAAACCGUCUCUAUCUACCUAGGCCUCUCACAAGUGGAGCUGACGGGCAGCAGCGUCUUCGACUACGUCCACCCUGGGGACCACGUGGAGAUGGCAGAGCAGCUGGGCAUGAAGCUCCCACCUGGGCGGGGUCUCCUCUCACAGGGCACCACCGAGGAUGCGGCCAGUUCAGCAUCUUCCUCCUCUCAAUCAGAGACCCCUGAGCCAGUGGAGACACCCAGCCCCAGCCUGCUGACCACUGACAACACCCUUGAGCGGUCCUUCUUCAUCCGCAUGAAGUCCACUCUGACCAAACGCGGAGUACACAUCAAGUCGUCAGGAUAUAAGGUGAUUCAUAUAACAGGCCGGCUUCGCCUCAGAGUGUCGCUGUCCCACGGGAGGACCGUUCCCAGCCAAAUCAUGGGUCUUGUGGUUGUGGCUCAUGCCUUGCCUCCCCCUACGAUCAAUGAAGUCAGAAUUGACUGCCAUAUGUUCGUCACUCGAGUAAACAUGGACCUCAAUAUCAUUUACUGUGAAAAUAGGAUUAGUGAUUACAUGGAUCUGACUCCUGUAGACAUCGUAGGGAAAAGAUGCUACCACUUCAUCCAUGCCGAAGAUGUGGAGGGCAUCAGGCACAGCCACCUGGACUUGCUGAACAAAGGUCAGUGUGUGACAAAGUACUACCGCUGGAUGCAGAAGAACGGCGGCUACAUCUGGAUACAGUCCAGUGCCACCAUAGCUAUUAAUGCUAAGAACGCAAACGAGAAGAACAUCAUCUGGGUGAAUUAUCUCCUUAGUAAUCCCGAGUACAAGGACACGCCCAUGGACAUUGCACAGCUCCCACAUUUGCCAGAGAAGACUUCAGAGUCCUCUGAGACCUCUGACUCGGAAUCAGACUCUAAAGACACCUCAGGUAUUACAGAGGACAACGAGAACUCCAAGUCCGACGAGAAGGGCAAUCAGUCGGAGAACAGCGACGACCCCGAGCCUGACCGCAAGAAGUCGGGGCGCGCGUGCGACAAGGACGCCACCUGCCACGACGACGGCCACAGCUCCAGCCACCCGGACAGCCGCGACAGCGACGACAGCUUUGAGCACUCGGACUUCGAGCCCCCGAAGGCGGUCGAGGACGGCUUCGGCGCGGCGGGCCCCAUGCAGAUCAAGGUGGAGCGCUACGUGGAGAGCGAGGCGGACCUGCGGCUGCAGCCAUGCGAGUCGCUCACGUCGGACAGCGCCAAGGACUCGGACAGCGCGGGCGAGGCGGGCGCGCAGGCGUCCGGAAAGCACCAGAAGCGCAAGCGGCGGCGGAAACGGCAGAAGGGCGGCAGCGCCAGCCGCCGGCGCCUGUCCAGCGCUUCCAGCCCGGGCCUAGACGCCGGCCUGGUGGAGCCGCCGCGCCUGCUCUCGUCGCCGCACAGCGCCUCGGUGCUCAAGAUCAAGACGGAGAUCGCCGAGCCCAUCAACUUCGACAACGACAGCAGCAUCUGGAACUACCCGCCCAACCGGGAGAUCUCCAGGAACGAGUCCCCGUACAGCAUGACCAAGCCCCCCACCUCCGAGCACUUCCCGUCGCCGCAGGGCCAGGGCGGCGGCGGCGGCGGCGGCGGUGGUGGCGGCGGGGCGCUGCACGUGGCCAUCCCCGACUCGGUCCUCACCCCGCCGGGCGCCGACGGCGCGGCCGGCCGCAAGACUCAGUUCGGCGGCGCGGCCCAGGUGGCCUCUGACCCGCUGUCGCCCCCGCUCUCGGCGUCCCCGCGGGACAAGCACCCCGGGGGCGGGGCGGGCGGGGGCGGCCCCGGGGCGGCCAACUCGUUGCUGUACACUGGGGACCUGGAGGCCCUGCAGAGGUUGCAGGCCGGCAACGUCGUGCUUCCGCUGGUGCACCGGGUGACCGGGACCCUGGCGGCCACCAGCACGGCAGCGCAGAGGGUCUACACCACGGGCACCAUCCGCUACGCGCCCGCCGAGGUGACCCUGGCCAUGCAGGGCAACCUGCUGCCCAACGCGCACGCUGUUAACUUCGUGGACGUUAACAGCCCCGGCUUCGGCCUCGACCCCAAGACGCCCAUGGAGAUGCUCUACCACCACGUGCACCGCCUCAACAUGUCCGGACCCUUCGGCGGCGCCGUGAGCGCGGCCAGCCUCACGCAGAUGCCCGCCGGCAACGUGUUCACCACGGCCGAGGGACUCUUCUCCACGCUGCCCUUCCCAGUCUACAGCAAUGGCAUCCACGCGGCACAGACUCUGGAGCGCAAGGAGGACUGAGCGGGGCCCGCUCCAAGGCAUCGUCGGCGUUUUUUUCGUUCAGACCUUUCAUUCUAGCACUUUGAAUUCGAGCUGGUCAGCAUCUUCUCGCAACUCGGCGGCCCCGUUCCACCCCCGUCUUUCUUUCAUUGGACUUAUCCUUUCUUGUAAAGACACUGUUUAUUUUUUGCCUUCGGAGGGUCUGAUGACCGGUUGCCUGCCAUUUUGUCUCCUAAGAUGUGUGUUGGGUUGUUUGACUUUCCUUUGCAUCUUUAUUAAGAUGUCUUUAAUGUGUAUAUGCCUCUGCCAUAGAAUACUCAGUCUUAUGGUCAAGAGAUUUCUCAAGUGACAACCAUUGGGUUUUCUUCCUAAAGAUCUUGAUAUGAUCAAGAUGGAAAAAGACAAGCAUAAAUGAUUGUGCCCUGUUUGACUAAGUCAAAUGAAAUGGGGUGGGUGUUUUUUGUUUUCCUGUUCCUAAUUCCUUUGAAAAUAGGGGAAUAGUAUUUUAGAAUUUUAUGCAGAAUUUAAUUCUUUUUAUGAUUAAGAUUUUAAGAUUUUCUUACUUGCACAUAAAAAUAAUUUGGGUUCUUAAACUUAAUUUCUGGCCUGUGACUAGAAUGUUUUUUUUAAAAAAAAGUUGGACUAAGUGUUAAUUACUGAAACAUUAACUUAAUUUCUAAAACCAUGGUGCUAUCAUUUAUUAAUCUGUAAUGUCUUCAUACAAAAUGCAGCUCCCAGGCUGGGUUUUGGAAAAGAAAAUGUGUUCUGUCCCGGUCUGGAGUCCCGUUGCUACAGUCUCCUUGGUUAGUUAAGACAAAGCCCUCAUUAACAUUUGCUGCAGGACUUAAAAGGUUUUACCUCCCAGCUAACAAACAUAGCCUCACUUCCAAUUUAGUGGGUCAGGAAAGCCCUAUUAAAAGGGGGCUUUGGACAACUCAGACUGAUUUGAGGAGCAGUUCAAGUACAUACUGCCUUUUGUUGAGCUUUUUUUUUUUUUUUUUUCUUCCUCAGUCCAACAGAGGCUGACUUUGCAACUUCAGUUAACACUUCAGAGUAAAAGAGGGAAAAGGAGAAAUAGUUAACAUUUUUUGGUUUGGUUUGGUUAUUUGGGUUUUUGUGUUUGGUUUUCAUUUCUUGCUAAGAAAAGAACCCAGGUUGUAUUGGGGCUGAUUUGAUGAAAUUUAUUUCCCUUUGGUUCUUAUUUCUGAAUUGAAACCAACAAGUUUUUAAAACUAAAGAAUGGGCUAAUACGCUUCAGGCAGAUAACUGCAACUGAAAACUGCACAUUCAGUGAAAAAAAGAGAAAAAAAAGAAAAAAGAAAAAGAAAAAAUAGCCUAUUUUGUCUUUGUUGCCAGAAAUCAAUGUGGUGUCAAACACUCCAAAUGACUGUCCAGUAUAGAUUCUUCUCCCACUUCAUUUUUGGCAGCUGUUUGUUAAGGCAUCUGAUACCAGACGUGAGAACUGUAAUGUGUACGACGUGUAGUGUCCUUGGCUGUGGGUCCCAUUGCAAUUUCAGUGUGUGUUUCUAUAUGCAGUAUAUGCUAAGCUAAUGUAGUCGUUGUCCGCUGUCUUUUCUGUGCUCUGUCUCUAGUGGAGUGGCACAGUCCCAUUCCUGCAGUCCUAGUGAAUCGGUGACUCUUGGGGGUUAGUGGUUUCGUGUGGUGGCCUUUCUCCGUGGUGUCACUCAUACUGCUUCUAUUGUCUAUGGAUCCUGUUUUACUUUUCUAAGUCCCUGCUGUUGCUUUAUUGUAUAUUCUCCCUGACUCUCCUGUCUUUUCCUCCCUGUCUCCCCCAUUCUCUCCUCUUGCUUCCCUUUCCUGAUACCCCAAAUCUAUUUCAUUCUCAGAGAUAAAGAAAAAAGAAAAAAAAAAAAAGACUCUUAACUAGCUCAAGGUUAAUGGAGCCAUUUUCCCACAAUGGAAUUCUGGGUAUGUCUUUCUCUUCUGGAGUGCUGUACAGAGCACUGAAGACUAAUGCUCAGAUAUAUUAAAUAAAUUGAUGCCAUACAGCUUCAGUUGUUAACAUUCCCAGAGUCCUUUGUGCUCUACCUAUAAGCAGUGGGUGCUUUUCUUUGGUUUCCUUUCAGGUUGGCUGAUGGAGCAGUAUAUAAAGCAAUUACCGGUGGGAUAGAAAAUGAUUUCAAAGGCCAAUCUACAUUUUAAAAAAAUGGGAGGGGUUAAUGGAAUAUAGAAUUGUCAUAUAUAUUUGUUUAUUCGUGCAAUGAUAAUAUAGUAACUCGGCUGUCCUUUGAUUUAUCACUGUGCUGAGUGGAUUCCUCUAGAACUUUGGAUUCCGUGAGUUGGGCCCAGGCCAUGGUGGAAUAUAACAGAAGGAAGUUAAAUGCCACAAAUCUUAGCACUGGGCCUCUUGAAGGACUUAAGUCCGUUUAGAAGAUGGAGAAAGCCGAUGGAGAAAUUUAAAGAUUAGUUUUGGAAGCCGUACUCUAGCUAUCGAACAAUCAAGGGAAUGCACCUAUCAGCUACAAAGAACAGCUAGACUGCUGGGGUUUUUUUUUUUCUUUUAUAAAUGUUUCUGUGUUGUGUCAAAAUGAUUUCUGGUGAUUUAAACUAACAGAUAAUCACAGCUGCUGUCUAAAUCCAUAGUGUUUAAAAAUUACAAAAUGAAAAAAAAAAAACCACUUCAUUACCUGUGAAGACUGUGUCUGUGUUUUUAACUAUUUCUUGUACAAAUAUAUGAAAACUUUUAUGAGGAGACUGGUGCCACGUAGCUGAAUAAUGGGGAAAGGGAUAUUCUGUUCGUAAAAACCUUAGCAGUGUUACCAACUCUACAACAUAUAUAAAAUAAUUAAAACAUUACAAAGCGAGAGCUAUGCUACAUUUGUUUUGUGUGAAGCUAACCGGACUUAACUUCCUGAGUGCCUGGCUUAUUUUGAGACAUUUUUUUCAUUGACCAUUGAUAAUGCUGCAAAUCAGAAAUGUACAUACUUCAUUUACAACAGGGUUCUUUUUAUACUUUUGUAGAUUCUCAUACAUGUCACAUACAUGGUUGUCUUUAUGUAACUUAAUUUUUUCAUCCGCAGGUGCCAUUUUCAUAAUAAACUUCUCUUGGAUUUGUUACUA